AUGUUUUCCUUAUCUGAAUCAGACUCAUGCGAUGGAGAUAAUUGUAGUGAAAUGAUAUCUAUGCCAAUAAUGGACGAUAUGAGAGCAACCUUGAACGCUAAUUUGGAUGUAUCUAAAAUGAAUAAGCAUUUAAAGGCAUACAUAAAACAGGAGAUUGAAAUAGGUGUGAAGACAGCAAUGGAAAAUCAGAUGAAACGAAUGAUAGAACACAAAACCGAAACAAUGAAUGCAGAAAUAAUAGCAAAGUUUAAAGAGGUGGAAGAAAUUCAAAUAUCAAAAACAGGUCAAGUGGAACGCUUUAUUAAACAAGAAACAGAAAAGAUGAAAACAGAAAGUAUGACAAUGUCUGAAAAGACAAAUAAAGACAUAACAGUCAAGUCUAAAGAGAGGAAUUUUAGUCAGGACCCAAUACUUGUAUUUGAUGUUGUUCCACUUAACAUUGGCAGUGCUUACAAUGGUACAACAAGAAAGUUUACAUGUAAAGAAGAUGGAAUAUAUACAUUCUCAUGGGCAACAAAUGAAGGCUUUUCCAGUGUGCUUUUAGUUGAUGAAAAACCUAUAGCUAGUAAUAGUAAUGAUGUAACCAGUUCAUGGUUUGUUGAAACAUACACCACAGGAUCUCUAAGUGUAAUUGUCAAAAUGACAAAAGGACAAGAGGCCUGGUUAAAAGUUGAACAAUUUGAGGAUUUUUAA